UGUCUAGGUGGAAUUUGUAUUCUCCCUCUCUCUCGCUCUCUCCCCCGCGAAGCCCAAGGCUGACAGGGCGGGCGGGUCCUGCUCUCUCAGAGGCGGGUUUUCCGCAAAAGGGUUGGUUGAUUUGCUAUCGAUCUGAGGAAGAGAGGAGAGGGGAGGAUUCUUAGGUGAGGCCUGGAGAGAAAGAGAGAGAGGAGGGAGAGGGGCGAGAGAGAGAGAGAGAGAGCGGAGCCGAGAUUUAUUGCUACAACAAGACUAAACUCAACCAGGACGGAAUAGCGCUGCUAGAGACAGGAAAUCUGAUGCAGGGAGCGAAGAAGGAGUGAAAGUGUUCGGUGGAAGGACUGCUAUUUUUCAACCGCUACUGUUUUUCCCCUUUCCUCCUCCUCUCCUUUUCUUUCCAUUCCUCCUCCCUGACCGAUCGCAUUCCGCGUAGAAUCUGCACUUUAAUGCCCCUGCGCACCCGAGGAGUGGAAGGAGAGAAGAGCGAGGAAGAAGAGAGCGAGGGAGAAGGAGAGCAGAGGCCUGACUUUAACGGAAACCCCGCCGCCGCACCUCACCCCUCUCCCCGGUGGCUGCCUGUCCCCUCUCCCCUCCUGGCCCUGCAUGGACGGGGAUGGGGAGAGCCGGAUGUUGUUACCGCGGGGCUGAGCGCCUCGCAUCCUCGCCUUCCCUGCGACCGCUGCUGCUGCUGAUCGUCGCUCUCUGUUACGGGGCGCACAGAGGUCAUUGCCAGGUGGCCACCCCUCAGUGUCGUAUCCAGAAGUGCACCACUGACUUUGUGUCCCUGACGUCUCACCUGACCCCAGCGCUGGAGGGCUUUGACGUAGAGUUCUGUAAGGCUCUGAGGUCCUACAGCGCCUGCACCCAGAGGACAGCCAAGUCCUGUAGGGGCAACCUGGUCUUCCACUCUGCUGUCCUGGGCAUCUCAGACCUCAUGACCCAGAGAAACUGCUCCCGUGACGGGCCCACCUCCUCCACACACCCCGAGAUACAAUCAGAGCCCUGCAACUACCACAGCCGCACCCAGAACACUCACCCACACCCUCACUCUCACACGCACACUCCCACGCGGCCGGGUUACCUGUUCUGCGGGCUGUUUGGGGAUCCCCAUCUGCGGACGUUUAAGGACAGCUUCCAGACCUGCAAGGUGGAAGGGGCGUGGCCGCUGAUUGAUAACGACUUCUUGUCUGUGCAGGUGACCAACGUUCCUGUGGUAACGGGAUCCAGCGCCACAGCGACCAAUAAGAUCACCAUCAUAUUCAAGCCCUUUGAGGAGUGUACAGACCAGCGUGUUUACCAGGCAGUAACAGAUGACCUGCCCGCUGCCUUCGUAGACGGUACCGUGAGCAGUGGGGCCCCCAACCACAACGUUAACGGGAAUAACGGUGACUCUACCGGUAAGGUACGGGCGCUGUGGAUCUCGGAGCGUAGCCCCGGUCACCACGUGGAGCUGCACGCCGGCUACAUCGGCGUGACAGUUAUCGUACGACAGCUGGGGCGCUACCUGACCCUGGCGGUGCGCAUCCCGGAGGAGAUGGCCCAUGCCUACGACGCUACGCAGGACCUGCAGCUCUGCCUCAACGGAUGUCCCACCUCGGAACGCAUCGACCGGGGAGGUCACCUGCCACUGCCUCUCCCUCUACCCCCUCCAGCCCUGGGCUUACAUCUCCAGCAGCCACACGGCCAGGGCAAGGGCCAGCCCUCCCACACGGCUCCCUACAGCGCCCCCCAGAGGUUCAGUGUGGAGGGUGCACGGGCACGCUGCAGGGAGCAGCUGGAGUUACAGGAUAUUUAUUUCCACUCAUGUGUGUUUGACCUCAUGACCACCGGGGACGCUAACUUCACGGCAGCAGCAUUCAGCGCUCUGAAGGACAUGGAGAGUCUCCACCCCCACCGGGAACGCUGGAGGAUCUUCCCGCAAAGCUCCGCCGACACCUCCCAGCCUAUCACAUGGCUCCUACUGCUCACUCUCUUUGCGCUCGGCUCUGCACUGGUAUAGCGUUUGUGUGUUUGUGUGUGUGUGUGUGUGUGUGUGUGUGUGUGUGUGUGUUCAUAUAGAGCCCCUAGCUGAGCUGUAGGAUAAAGUUCCCUCUAUGCAGAUCUAAGGUCAGUUUUGUGUUUUCCCCUAACGGUUAUGAUUGAGGAGGGUAAACUAAGCUGAUUCUGGAUCUGUGUCUAAGAGAAACUUCUAACCAGAGCCCCUCUGGAGAUUUCACUUUUUCUUCUUCUUGGUGAAAAGAGAAUAGUUGACUGAACACCCUAAGGCAUAUUACUGCCAUAAAGGAGUCCACAGCUGGCAUCUGAGCAGAUUCCACGACACUCCUGUGUUCUUCCCAUCUCUGCUGUGUGGGACCUAGCAGGCUUCCUGGAGAUGAUGACCUGUCUAUAUGUGAGGAUUACCAACCAACACUCCAACCUGUGUGUGUAUAUUGUAGAAACACACUCCAGACUGUAAAUAGUGUGAUGUAUCCUGGAACGCUGGAUGGCGUUGUUUUGGUUUUUAUUUUUGCGUGAUUUUGUUGUGAUAGUUUUUUUUUUAUACCUCAUAGACAGAGGAAGUUGUUUUAAGAGAAGCACUUUAUUUAGAUUUUUUGCUAAAUCCACACCAGUGUUCCCCCUCUCCCCUUUCAACCCCACCCCCCACUCUCUUCCCCUUCCACCCCACCCCCCGCUCUCUUCCCCUUUCACCCCACCCCCCCACUCUCUUUCCCAUUCCACCCCACCCCCACUCUCUUCCCCUUCCACCCCACCCCCCACUCUCUUCCCCUUUCAACCCCACCCCCACUCUCUUCCCCUUCCACCCCACCCCCUCACAAUUUCCCCCUCCCCAACCCCUCAAACUCUCCCCCUACAUGGCCCUUCUUUAGAGUCUAAGGGGCCAUAUCAAUGACCCCUCUCUCCACUGCCCCCUACCAUCCUCCAACAGCCCAAGCUGUGGAUUUCAUCUGCAGUUUUGUCACUCACAGUGCAAAUCUCAAAUGACACCUGAUUCCCUGCAGUAUGCUACUUUUCACCAUAGGGAGAUAGGGCAUGUAGUGAACUAAACAGUGAACUAUAUAGGAGAUAGGGCAUGUAGUGAACUAAACAGUGAACUAUAUAGGAGAUAGGGAACCAUUUGAGACAGUUAACGGAACCUCUUUUAAAGCAGAGAUUCCAAAGGCAGUUGAGUUGAUUUAGCCUCUGUUCUAUAAUAACUUAAUGUGAGCUAUUUUCUGUUGAAUGUAUUCUGUAUGGUACCAUAGCAGCUGUUCAGAACAGUUUCAGACCCACCAUUGCCGUUCAAUGUUUGAUUAUCAUUUACAGUAUAUCUGCAAAUACUGUGUGUGUGUGUGUGCGUGUGUGUGCGCAGGUUAGCGUGUUUUACCUGGCUUAUUGUCUAAGGACUGAAGAGACAGUCCUCUUUUUAUGAACGUGUUCACUGUUCACUGCUCGUUCACACUGCUGUAUUGACUAUGACCUGCUCUUACUGAGUUUUCUUACUGGCGCUACAUUUCAGCUGGUGGUAACAGUUCAAUCCAUUUACCAAACAGCUUUGACUAUCAGCUUUUCUAUGUUGUGUGUUUCUCUAUGAGUGUUCAGUUUGCUUGCUGUUGCAACCAAAGACAACCACAUACGGUGAUUCACCAUCGAAGCUCGCCUGUUUUCAUAUACGAACAUGAUGACCACACACCCCCUCCGAACCCAAACCGUAACCUCUCUACCCCCUAACCCCCUUCCUCCCUACCCACCUCUAACUCUUAGUAAACUUGCUACUGUAGAUGGACUCUGUUUUGCUACUCCUGCCAGAGCUGACGGGCUGCUCCCGGAUUGAGAUACACGGACUAGGCUUUAGUAAACUGUAGACCAGGGUUGCACAACUCCAGUCCUGGAGGGAAGUAGUAUACGCAGGUUUUAGUUCCAGCCCAGCACUAACACACCUGAUUCAGCUAAUCAAGAUCUCGAUGAUUGGUUGAUUAGUUGAACCAGGCAAGUUAUUGCUGGGGUGGAACAGAAGCCUGCAUAUACUGCAGACCUACAUAACUACCUGCUAUAGGCAGGGCACUGGGACUUCCACAGGCCGAGACGAAGUCACACGCGCUGAUGGGAUAUAUAUGCCCUCAUAUCAAAUGACAAAGCAGUGUCUGGUGGGAAAUGUAUGCUCAGUCUGCCUCUGGCAUUGUGAACUCUUAACUUGUGUGUGAGUGUCCGUGUGGUGAAGAGUGACUGCUCAAUGUUGAAAUACGUAACUUAUGUAUAAACGUAGUGUCUGUUAGAGGAAGGUACGCUCCAUAUUCUGGCUGUUUCAGAUGUGAUUGUACUGCCACCUAGUGGCGCUCCAUUGCUAUGUCAGUGUUUUACUCUUAUGGAGGCACUAAUGAAAACUUGGGGGAAAAAAUGUACAUUUGUGCAAGUGUUUUAUUUAAAAAACAAUAAAUGAAAAACGGACCCAAUGUGUCUUUUUCUGAUGUA